CCCCCUAUGUUUUUUUACAAUAUUAAACUAGAGUUAAGCUUAAUAGGGUUUUCUUUCCCUACUAAUUUAGCUAAGCCUGUUCCCUUAGCUGUAGUUUUGCUAAAUAAUAACAAGGUAUUUAGCUACUUUAAAAAAGUUAUAGUUAUUCCUACUAUUUACCUGCGCUUAGUCAAAUCUCUUCGCUUUAAUAUUUAA